CUAUAAGAUUAUUAUGUAUCUGUGAUUAAAUGCUGAAUACAUGUUAUGACGGCAGGUCCCAUGUCCAUGAAGAAUCUGUAGUUUUUAGAGUGGGAACUCUUGUACUUCGCACCGCGUUGGGAGGCAGGACAGUGAUUACUGUAGCACAGUGUUCCCAUCUUAUUUCCAGACACCAGACGGGAGAGGUGUCACCCAUAGCGACUGCUGUUUCAGCAGGAAGAGUUUCCCUUGCACCAUGGACCCUCCCAGCUCUGGCCCGGAGCGAGGCCAGGCUCCCAGCCAGGAGCGCAGCCACAGCGAGGAUGAGCGGCGGAGACAGCAGGAGCGGCUCAACAGGGAGGAGGCCUACUACCAGUUCAUCAAUGAGCUGAGCGAGGAGGACUACCGGCUCAUGAGGGACAGCAACCUCCUCGGCACCCCAGGAGAAAUCACUGCUCAGGAACUACGGCAGCGCUUGGAUGGUGCCAAAGAGCGUCUGUCAUCUCAGCCAAGAGCAGAAAACAGUGAAGCUGUCCAACAGGAUAUUAACAGAGGUUCUGAGGCCUCCGGGGAGAGCUCUAACGGGGAUUCUCUGCUGCAGUGGCUCAACACGUUCCGCCGCACAGGCAAUGCCACGCGGAGUGGGCAGAGCGGCAACCAGACCUGGCGAGCCGUGAGCCGGACCAAUCCCAACAGUGGGGAGUUCCGCUUCAGCCUGGAGAUCAACAUCAACCACGACCAGCACGAGCACAGCUACGACUCCGGCAGCGAGCAGCCCGCCGACACCUCCAUCCUGCCCGGCGCCACCGAGAGCGGGAGGCUGCAGAGAUCCACGAGCACCACGGCCAGGCGCACCAGGAACAGCACCACCAGGCUAGACCCCAGCCGCCAAGCAGCCAGGUCGGCAGGCAGGACGAGGAACACGCAGAGGACUGACAUCACUGAGCCGUCAUCAGCGGCCGCCCAGAGGAGGCUGAGAAGCAGCACGGGCAGGAGAGCCCUAAGAAGGCUGAGAAGUGCCUUGCAACAGAGACCGUUGGGCAGGACUGCCGAGCAGAGGCCAGAGAGAGGGCAGGAAUGCCCCAGGGUUGUCCGGGAAAGUGGAGGCCAGGUGGGUGCCUCUCAGUCUUCGGAGCCCAGGAGUAGCAGGACUAGGACCAGAAUAAACCUAAGGACAGGCGAAGAUAGUGACCCCCAGGGCAGGCGGUCCCGGAGCUCUACGAGCAGGAGAAGUCGCUCACCCCUGCGUCGGUCUAGCACGGCUUCAGCUGCCUCUGCCUCUUCGUCUGCCUCUGCCUCUGCAGCCCAGUUGGAAGAAAGUCUGGACACGUCUGCAGAGCAGAGGCCUAGCAGAGUGAGCGGGAGAGAAGCGGUGAGAAUGGCUGCCUCAGCUAGUGAGGAUGGGCAGCUGGAAAGUGGGAGCCCUUCUGUGGAGCCGCCUUCUGUGGAGCCACCUUCUCUAGGAGCAGCCCCAGAGGGUGUGGUGGAGGAGGCUGAGUCCAACAGCUCCUCUUCAGCCAGUGUAAGGAGACACCCGACCAUCAUGCUGGACCUCCAGGUGAGGAGGAUCCGCCCUGGCGAGAACCGAGACCGGGACAGCAUUGCUAGUCGGACGCGUUCCCGGGUCCGCAUGGCAGAAAACACAGUGACGUUCGAGAGUGACAGCGGCGGCUUCCGACGCACUAUAUCCCGCUCAGAACGGGCGGGGAUACGGACCUACGUCAGCACCAUCCGGAUCCCCCUGCGGCGCAUCUCGGAGACCGGCCUGGGGGAGCCCUCGUCCGUGGCUCUCCGGUCGAUCCUGCGGCAAAUCAUGACCGGCUUCGGGGAGCUGAGUUCCCUGAUGGAGACCGAGGCAGACUCGGAGGGGAACCCAGGUGGCCGUUCUGUAGACAACGGCUCCACCACAAAUUCCUUUCAAAUUCACACCAAUGACAGCAACGCGUCCAGCGUGUCAUUAGCAAGCAGACAACCUGAAGCUGAACCCGCCGCGCCCCUGGGGGUCAGUGCUGGGACCCAGCCGUUGGGGCCGGGCUCAGGAAGCAGGGAGGGCAGGCAGUCCAGCAGAGACACCAACAACCUGGUUGAAAACGGCACGCUGCCCAUCCUCCGCCUGGCGCACUUCUUUCUGCUAAACGAUGACGAGGAUGAUGAGCACCCCAGGGGGUUAACCAAAGAGCAGAUCGACAAUCUGUUGACCCGGAACUAUGGCGAAGGCAACCUGGAGGCAGAACUCAGUAAAACCUGCAGCGUUUGCAUCAACGAGUACGCAGCGGGGAACAAGCUGAGGAGACUGCCCUGCUCCCACGAGUUUCACAUCCACUGUAUCGACCGCUGGCUGUCAGAGAACUCCACCUGUCCCAUUUGCCGGCAGCCUGUCCUCGAUACCCGUCAGAAUUGACAGGCAAACGCAACAGACCAUUUCUCAGAAGAUGGAAGCUUUUGUAAAUACUGCAUUCAUGUUUUAAAUAUUAAAAACCCAUUGUAAUGAGCGGACGGUAGAACCUAAAGGGGAAAAAAAAAAAAAAAAAAAAAAGUAAAGCUAUAUUUUUGUAGACUUCAUUUUUUUUUUUUUUUUGCUUUGUUUUUUUUAAGUUAAGCACUUUCUUAGCAUCAAUGUACUGAAAACAAACUUAAAUAAAAUCAUGCGUUCUCACAGUAACGAUGAAUCCUUUCUGAAGGAGUCGCUUGCACAUGGGGAAACUGUUCUUCAAAAGAUAUACAAUGUUAAGAAAUUAAGAUAACUUGCUGGUUUUUAAGUUUAAACCUUCUUACAGUAGCACUGUGAGGAAGGCCCAUUUUUUUUUUGUGGGGGGGGGGUGGGGUCAGGGUAUAAAAUACUAAUCUUUUUGUGGUAUGGGUACAAAUGUUAAUACUAGUCAUAAAACAUGGUUUGCAGUUUGUUUUAAAUCAACCUUUGUUAGCACGACAUGGAGCUGACUUGUAAAGGAUUUGAAUUUUUCAGCUCAAUGCGUCCGAGUUUUGCUAACAAGGUUACCAAAAAACCAUGAUUGCUUUACGGCUGCUUUUUAUGAAUGUUGUAUAGUACCUGUUACUUUUAACCAAAUGAUUUCCACUGUACGUCGCUCUCUUGGGGGAGGGGAGACACCUCUGUAAACAAAACACAGCAUGACCUGCCGUUUGUUGAUUUAUCUACAGUACAGCAUUCGGUAAAACACUGCAGUGUCCAACUUCUCUUACAGACUUGUUUAGAAUAGCUACGCCAGUACUGCAGGUGCUAGAAUAUAUAAUUUCUCUGAUAAAUGUUUACUGAACAAUAAUGAUCUAGAAUUGUUUUAAUAUAGGAGGUAUUUAAAGGUAUUUGUCUGUUUCACUUCACUUUCCACAACUGAAGUACCGUGUAUUUCACUGGAACGUAUUGAAUACACAUGAAAAGCCCUUUCAAAGACUGUUUAAACAUGAAUAACUAGUUACUAUUGUGUAAUUUACUGUGGCUUUUAGUUCACUGUUCUGAUUUCAACACAGCUUUGUUACCAUCAUUGUUCAUGAAAGAUUUUGAUUGUCAUCCAUAGCUCAAUAGUGCUGAAUUUAGAAUACUGAAAUAAACAUAAGUAAUGACAAACAUUUCAACUAGAAGUCUUUCUCAGUGUCUUGAAUGUUCAAAACAUUGUGAAACACUUCUAGUCUAAACAUUUGUCAUGACUUAAGUUUCUUGCAGUAUUUCUGAAGGUUGGGAAAAGGGUCAUAGGUGUACCUUGACUGAGCCAAGCCUAUUCAGUCUUUGCAGGUCAGCACAGUGUGACUGACUGGUGGGAAUAGUAACAAGAGUAUCAAUUUCACACUGGGACCACAAGAGGGCAGUCUUGUAGUAAUGGCACUGUCGGUAGAGUAGACCUGCCUGAUUAAUACAUUAUUUCACACACAGAAUAAACAGAAUGGUUUAUUAAAGCUUUAGGUCUGGGUUUUUAAAAAUGUUUUAAACAUGCUUGCAUUACAGGGCAUAUUUUACUGUUUUAUUGUUGCUCCAAGUGAGAUAAUAAACCGAUCAGACAUUGUGGAAAAGAAUGUGAAGAAGUGUUCUAGAAUUGUAAAUGAGUUGUUUUUAUUAUUUUAAUUUGCUGUGCUCUGUCUUUCAUGGACAAUGGAUUUAGUUUUGUUCAAUCUUCAACUUUAAAUUUACAGCCAUGCUGGGAUCAACAUGAAGUAAUUUAAAAUAACAUUUAUUGAAGUGUUAAAAAAAUGAAUAAUUUGUUUUGAAUGUCUACCUUUUAAACUCUUAUGUAAAUGGGGAUAUUCCUGGAGAGUAAUAUGUUGUGAUAUUUCAAAACUUAUGAAUAUGUAUCCAUUGCUAACUGAAUUAGAUAAACAUGGGUUUUCUAUGUAAACUGUGUUCUUUUAUUGAUAGCCAUUUGUUCUUUCAAAAUCUGAAGUACGUGCUUACUUGACUGCCUGUCGUACUGUAGCUGUCUGCACGGAUUUUAUUUCAGAAUUAAUCCAAUACAAUAGCACUUGCUUUUUUCACUCUUUACUGCCUUCAUGCACAUUUGAUGUCCCAUGCUUGUCAUUAAGAGAUAUUAUUAGAAGUCAUUUCAAACAAACAAAAAAAGUUUUAAUUGUCUAAGUUACAGAUGCCAUUAUUGUGACUGUGUUGAUUUCAUUAUGGAAAUACAAGUGUUCCUCUGAAA